AUGUGUCACCCCACAGUGCAGGGCUUGUCACGCUUCGCCAAGCCCCGGCACAGUGUUCUUCAGACAGGGGAGGCUGCUGAGCCCCCAGAGCUCCUGGACGACGUCCUCAUCCCCACCAAGGAAAGCCAGGCCGCCUCUGCCCCGGCCUGGCCUCCACCUGGAGAAGAGCCAGACGUCCCCGCCGCAGGCCACAGCGUCCCCGUGCCCGCCACGGAGCUGGGCUCCACGGAGCUGGUGACCACCAAGACAGCCGGCCCCGAGCAACACGAGAGCCAGGGUCUCGACUCCGAAGGGGACGAGGGGCACUGCCUUCCAUCACUCUUUCCACACAGGACGCUGACAGAACUUCUGAAGCAGCCAGGCCCCCAGGAAACACUGCCUCCACCACUAGGCCCACCCUUAGGCAGCUGUGUCCAGGUCCAAAUGGGUGAUGGUCUCCCUCGGGGGUCCCCCCACAACAGCACAGACAAGAAACGCCUCAACAACGCCCCCCUCGGGUCGGCCACCCCGGGGCCCCCGCGCGGACCUCGGCUGCAGGGCGGUGGCAGCUUGACCUUGCAGCCCAACUACGCCAAGUUCGCCACGCUCAAGGCCGCGGCGCUCAAGGCCGCAGAGGCCGCCCCGCAGGACUACUACUCCCGCUUUCCCGCCCCCGAGCCGGCCCCGCGGGCCCCGGAGGACUUGCCUGCCCUGCUGGACGCCUGCCCCUGGGCCCCGCCGAGCUACGCGCCCCCCGCCCCGGCGGGCCCCUACGCCGCCUGGACCGCCGGUCGGCCCGUCCGGUCCGCCCCGCGCGGCCACUUGGCCCCGGCCUCUCCGGCGCCCCGGCGCCUCGGCCACGCGCCCCGCCGCCAGUUCAGCGUGGAGAAGCUCGCCGAGGCCUUCGGCGCGCAGCCCCCCGGCCUCUACAGCAGCAUGGGCCGCGGGCCGCGGCACCUCAGUACCAACAGCAAAACCGAGGUCACCGUGUGAAGCAGGGCGGGUUCCUACCGAGGACCGGCCGGACGGCGGUCGGUCCUGAGCGCGGCCGCAGCCGGGCAGGGCACCGGCCCGGGCCCCGGGCGGACGGAGGCCUUGGAGCCGCGGGGUUCGGGGCCAACGGAAGGGUGCAGCCAUAGGGCUCCUCAUGUAAAUAAACCCUGUACUGUG